AUGCUCGAGCGGUUAAACAAUUUCAACAACGUGAUGUUUAGUGAUGAGGCCAAUUUUCACCUUAAUGGUCAUGUGAACAAGCAAAAUUGUCGGUUCUGGUCCGCGACUUAUCCCCGACGCAUGCAUGAACGCCUACUUCACAGCCCUAUGCUUGUCAUGUGGGCUGGGAUAACGUCAACCGGUAUUGUUGGGCCAUACUUAUUUGAGGACGAAACAGGGCAAGCGAUGACGGUUAGGUUAGGUAAUUCUUGCUACAUGAUAACAGCCUUUUUGUGUCAGCUUUACAAGAACAAUACCAAUACCUCGAAGGUGUGGUUUCAACAGGCCACAUGUCAUACGGCUAGAGUAUCCAUAGAGCUGCUGAAAAAUGUUUCCCGCAAAACUCAAUUCGACAAGGGGGGAUAUUGA